AUGCGGCGUGCGAUCAUGAAACGGGAUCUCGCCGCUCGAGCGCUUGGCGCAGUCUCUCCGACGCUAAUCUUUCUCGUCUUAGCGUUCGCCCCCCUUCCGCUCCUCGCGCAUCCGUCGCAUUCGUUAGUCGCAGCACCCAACGGCAUCCCGGCGACUAGUCAUCCAUCGUCGCAUGUAUCGCACGCAACCGUUCCUCAGCGCCGGCUGCUGCAAGCGCAGCCAUGGCGCAAGCAGCUCGACGACACGCCCGGAAUGUCGCUCUUCCGCGCGCGAGUCGAUCUCGCAGCCGCGGACGCCCUCGCUAAGCCCGCGCUGGGGCGCAAGCCGCGCGCGGAGGGAGGCGCUGGCGGAGCGGGCGGAGAUGGCGGAGCAGGCGGAGCCAAGAAGCGCGCAGGCGGAGGCGCGAGCGGCGCCACUGAGGGAGACGCGGAGGCCGCGAGCGCAAAACCACGAGGUCGGGGGAAGCCCAAGACGCUGGGCGCGGGGGGAACAGGCGCGGGGGACAUGGGGUCGUACAACGAACCCGCCACCCCCUACGUCCCCCCCGCCAGGCCCGCAGACGAGCCCCGCUCCGCCGACCCCGCCCCUAUCACCCCUGCCGAACCUACUCCCGACCCGCAACCAACCCUCCCCGAGCCUGCCGCCCCCGAGCCGACCCUCUCCGCGCAGCCGAACGUGUUCGCGGCAGCAGCAGCAGCAGCCGCGUCGGGGGAACCCGCGGCGGCGGUUGCUUCUCCCCUGCAGCCGCUAGCGGAGGCGGGGCUGAGCAAGCGGCUGGUGCGCUCCCUGCGCGACCUGCGCGCGUUCCAGCGCAUCAACGUGUCCACCGCCGUGGUGCAGCUGUUCGCUGAGAUGGUGGACCAUUCCCUCGCGCCGUGGAGCAAAAUUCCUGCGAGCAGUAAUGGCAUGGGGCAGAGCGGCAUGGUCUCGCCCUCGCUGCUCCGGUCGAUUGCCAUGCGCCCCCGGUUCAUGUCGUGUGCGGGGCACGUGAGGGUGGUGGAGGGGGGUGUGUACUUCCGCCUGGGCGGCUUCAUUGACAAUGCAUACCGCCUCAGGCGCUUCCUCCAAAUGGUCAAAACCAUUCAGCUCGCAGUCACUCGCUUCGAGCUCUCAUCAAUAGCAGCCGAGUUCUUCCUGAACGUGUGCGACCUGCCCAUCAGCUACGACAACGACGUGGGAGGGCAGCGCGCCGUGGGCUUCCCCCUCAUGAGCACGCGCACCGUCGAGGGCAGCCUUGAUAUUGCCGUGCCUGACCCCCUCGAUUUGAACGAGAAUAUCAACCUGCCGCCACCACCAGAGACUGAGAUCCCAUGGGAGGAGAAGGAGAGUCGGGCCAUAUUGCGCGGGCCCGUCAGCAGCCUGCCUCUGGAGGACGUCCCCAACUGGCGCGCCAACCCGCUCAUCCGCCUGCAGAGGCUGUCAGAGGCCCGGCCGGACCUGCUGGACGCGAAGCUGUACGGGUGGAGCAGAGAGCUGGACCUGGAGGUUCGGAAGAGGAUGAAGGCGGACGGAGUGGCGAUGCAGGGCAGGGCGGCGGUGGAGGAGGCGGUGCCGGCGCGCUUCAAGUAUGGCAUCGUGGCAGGCAGUGCGCACCACCACCAGAUGUGCCCCAUCCUCACCACUGGAGCACAGGUGGCAAUCAGGCAGGACUCACCGUAUUCAGAGUUCUUCGUUCCAAUGUUAAAGCCCUAUGUGAACUUCAUCCCCGCCAACCGGCACUUCGACAAUCUGGUGGAGAAGCUGCGGUGGGCGCAGAACCACGACAAGCACGUGCGCAACAUGGCACUCGCGGGGAAGAGAGUUGCAAAAUGGGCAUGCACCAAGCAGGGCCACGCACUCUACUGGGCCAUCCUCCUUAUAAAGUACUCCCGUAACGCCAUGGAGGACCCAUCUCUCAUCCGCCCGCCCGGCAAGCAGCUGUGUCGCAAGCAGCUCAGCCCAGCCAUUCUCGCCCUCGCAGACCCCAGCACCACCGGCACCUCCCAGCCGCCCGCUCUGCCCACCGACUGGCCGCCCGCGUGCAGUGAGGAGGCGCGCGCGCAGGUGAAGCAGCCCGCGUGUGUGUUUUAUUGUCGGCAGGGAUUGCUCAAGCGCGCGUGGGUGUUUCCGAGUUGCGGUGGGUGCCACCUCACGGCCACACGUCUCCACGUGCGUUGCACAAAACCGCGUCGGAAUUUGGAACCGAAAUUCGCCCCUCCCCUCCGCUCCAUUCCAAAAACACCCCUCGGCAUUCCCAUCCAUCCCCAAUCGCAUCAAGCAAGCCUCGAUUUCCGCGUGCGAUUUCCCCUCCAGAUCUGCGCUGCGUGCUCGGCGCGCUACCCUCCGCCGCCCCCCCCCCGCUGCCUGGUCAUGCUUUCCAAGGCACCCGCCCGCUUCGCCUCCCUCGCUUCCCUCGCCCUCUCUCCUCUGCUAACCACAUCUCGUCCCUUCCUCGCCGAAUCGCCCCGCCGCACUUUCUCCCUCACCGUUCUCGCGCCGCUUCUCCCGCACACGCCGCCGCAAGUAAAUUCAGGGAGUCCCCGCCCCUCGCCGCAAGUUAUUCCGCAUCGCGCGAUGGUCACGUCAUCCGCCGCCGAGAUCCCCGCGACGCAGCGCGCAGCUACAGUGCUCGCAUACGAGGGGCCGAAGCGCCUCGCGGACAACCUGCGGCUCGUAACUGACAAGCCCGUCCCUAGCCUCGGCCCGAACCAGGUUUUGGUUCGGAUGCAGCUUCGGCCCGUGAAUCCCGCGGACGGCCUCUGCGCGAUGGGCUACUACCCGGGAUUCGCGCCGGCAAACGCGCUCCCCGCAACGCUCGGGCUGGAGGGCAUGGGAGUCGUGGCGGCGCUGGGCGAAUCCGUAGCGCAAUCGGCGCCGGAUCUGGCGGUGGGGCGGCGCGUCGUGCCGCUGCUCGCGCUGGGCGCGCUCGAGGCGGGCAGCGGCGCGUGGCAGGAGUACGUAGCGGUGGACGCGGCGCAUGUGGCGGCGGUGCCCGCGGGAGUGCGCGACGAGGACGCGGCGCAAUUGGCGGUGAAUCCGCUGACGGUGCUCGGCAUGCUGAACCAAUUGGACGUUCCCAAGGGCGAGUAUCUGGUGCAGACGCAGGCGGGAUCAACACUGGGCCGCAUGCUCAUCCAGGUGGCACGCGCGCGCGGCAUCAGGACAAUCAACGUCGUGCGCCGCGCUGCCCAGGCGACGGAGCUCAGGGCGCUGGGCGGCGAUGAGGUGAUCUGCUCAACGGACGAGAGCGUAUUGGAGAGGGUGCGCGCCAUAACGGGCGGGCGAAUGGCGCAUGCAGCGGUGGAGAGUGUGGCGGGCGAUCUCACGGGUGCAGUGCUCUCCUCUGUGCGGCCGGGCGGCACCGUGCUGCUCUUUGGUGGCGCCUCGGGGGCCACCUUCUCCGCCUCCAUUGGGGACUUCAUCUUCAGGGAUGUGACACUAAAUGGCUUCUGGAUUGGCCGGUUCCUGAAGGCGCUGAGCCACGAGCAGCGGCAGGCGGUGGUGAAGGAGGCGUUUGAUCUCAUCGCCAGCGGCACCGUCACCCCUUUCACAGGCGAUAGAAUGGACCUGUCUGAGUUUGCUGCUGCGCUCAAGAACCAGAUGGCAGAGAAUCGCCAAGGAAAGAUUCUUCUCUCUGGGUAA